CAGGUAGAAGUAAUGCUGAAUGGACUAAACAGUAUAGAGAAAAUGAUAAUAUUAAAAAGUGAUAAGGACUUCACGCCUCUCCUGGGGCGAGACUGGUUGGAGACCUUUUACCCUGAUUGGAAGUUAAAUUUCCAGAACUCAUCAAUCGUCAACAAUCUAAUACAAGUCAAAUUUCGAGAUGAAGCUUUGGGAUUUAAAGCUGAUUUGACACUUAAAUCAGAGCAACCGAUAUUUAAACGUGCCUACCAGGUUCCAUACAAACUAAAGGAAACUUUUUUGACUCAUCUUGACAUGCUUGAAGAGCAAGGGGUAAUUUCUCCUAUAAACGCCAGUGAGUGGGCGUCACCAGUGAUUGCAGUUCUGAAGAAAGAUGGAGAAAUACGUAUGGUGAUAGACUGCAAGGUGUCUUUAAAUGAGGUUAUUAUACCAGACACUUAUCCUCUACCGCUAGCGCAGGAUAUAUUUGCAUCACUUGCAGGAUGCAAAGUGUUUUGUUCGUUAGAUUUAACUGGGGCAUAUACACAGCUUGAGCUAUCUAAUCGUUCCAAGAAAUUCGUAGUGAUUAAUACAGUCAAAGGCCUUUAUACAUUCAAUCGUUUACCGCAAGGAGCAUCGUCUAGUGCGGCGUUGUUUCAGCAGGUCAUGGAUCAGGUCCUGAAAGGAAUCGAUGGCUAUUCACUGACCAUAAACCUCUACUAG